GUUGGUAACAUUUUGAUAGCACGGAGAUGAAUGCAACUGAGAGGCUUUACCUCCCCAUUGAUGGCAUCCUGUUCAGCUGUCUCACUGGGCAUCACCAACCACGCAUUAUGCACCUAGUCCUUCAGUCGCUCUGUCAGAGCACAGCCCUUGCCCCAGCGCUGCAGCACCCCCAAAUCUCAAACAUAUCGAAGACAGACAUGGGCAUCAUCAAAACGGUUAAAGGGCGCUGGAGACAACAGGACAAGACUGCGGUUGUAAUUAGAUCCUCAAGUUCUGGCAAUCGGCCGGUAUCUAGCGAUCAACUCCCAUUACGUUCAGUGGAUCUGCUGGAGCUGGGCCUGACCAAGCCCAGGAACUGUCACAGAAUAGUUGUGCUUGGUGCGCCCAAAGUAGGGAAAACCAACAUACUGAGGCGAUUCUUGGGUAAAGAAUUUGAAGAGCACUAUGAGCCCACAACAGAGGACUUCCACAGAAAGCUGUUCUACAUAUGCGGGGAGGCAUACCAGAUUGAUCUUCUGGACGCAGCAGGCGAGCGAGACUUUCCUGCGAAACGCAGGUUAUCUAUACUGACAGGUGACAUCUUCCUGCUCGUCUUCAGUUUGGAUGACAGAGACUCUUUCACUGAAGCCUGCGAGCUGCUGAAGGAGAUUAAGGCUGCUAAGGCCAAGUUAUUAAAAUUUAAAAAGAAAGUGCCAGUCGUGAUUUGCGGGAAUAAAGCGGACCAGGACGCACAGAGAGCCGUCACACGGUCAGAGGUAACAGAAAGCUUCGGUGAGGAUGCCUCAUUCUUCGAAACCUCGGCUAAAGACGAUACCGGACUGGAAGGUAUGUUCCGAGCCCUUGCCUCUCUAGGCGGACUACCUGACGAAACCAGUCCGUCACGGCAUCAGAUCAUAUCCAUCCUCACCUACCAGUCCCUGUGCAUCGGCCAGCGCGGUAGGAGAGGAAGUAGGACGGGGGGAGUCGGUGCGCCCUGUGCCGCCGUGGACCCCGUGGCGCGCCGCCCGAGCUUCACCAGCGACUUGAGGCUGGUGCUUGGAUCAAGCACCAAACACAACAAACCAGAGAAAUGUCAGAUUCAAUGAAUUGUGAGCCUUCUCGAUAAACCAAUUGUAGUAGUAUGCUGCAAUGUCCUAUAAUGUAUGGAGUUAUACUCUGUAGCACCUGGCUGGACCAGUGCAUUUAUAUUUUGUUUUGUACAUGUAACUGCAGGCUAUUAUAUUAUCCUAUAAUAAAGAUUUCCAUGUGUAUUAUUGUCACUUGUUUAGUCAGUCACUCAUUUU